GCCUGGUGGUCCUUCGGGCGCCGAUAAAAUGGCAUUGCCCUGAGUCGGCGUCUCAAUAGCUCGCCAAAGGUGCCAAGACGCAGACCUGCAACAGCAAAAUGCCUCAUCACAGAUACGCCACUCAAAAUUGUGUUCCAACGGUGCUGGAAUAUAAGGGUUUCGACCCAAACAGCGACGCUGCCGCACUGGAAGCGGCAAUGUGCGGCCAAGGCACCAACGAGGACGCGAUCAUUGAUAUCCUUGCCCAUCGCACCGUCAGCCAGCGCCUCAAAAUCGCCGAAGUCUACAAGGAACUUUACGACACAGACUUGGUGGGGCGACUGAAGAAAGACCUGACCGGGCACAUGGAGAACGUGACCGUGGCCAUGAUGACCCCGAUCAGUCAGUUGUACGCCGUCGAGCUGCGAAAGGCCGUUUCCGGUCUGCUCACUGAUGAAGAAUCCCUGGUCGAGGUGCUCAUGUCGCUCAGCAACUUCGGAGUAAUCGAUGUCGCCACUGAAUACGAGAAUAUGUAUGGACGUUCGUUGGAGCAUGAUCUGAAAAACGAUUCCUCAGGAGAGUUCCGAAACUUGCUGGUCAGACUUUGCUCGGCUUCCAGGGAUGAAAGUGAUGUCGUCAAUGAGGAGAUUGUUAGAGAUGACGCACUUGCCCUUGCUGCAGCCGAGGUGUUCUGGCCGCAGGGCCUGCAUGGCGAAAAUCUGUCGUGCAGCUCAAACCGACCUGCCGCAGGGGCCAGCGAGUGGGCCACCGAAGAGUCCGUCUUCGCCUCGGUGCUCGCGUCCCGCAGCUUCGCCCACCUGCGCCUCAUGUUCCGCGUCUUCCGCAGCGUCACCGGCCGCGACAUUGAGGCCGUCAUCGACCAACACUUCUCCGGCAAACUCCGCAAAGGCUUCCUCAGCAUUGUUCGCAUUGUGCGAAAACGCCCGGCCUACUUCGCGCGACGACUGUACGAGUCGAUGAAAGGUCUCGGAACGGACGAUCACACCCUGAUCAGAAUCGUUGUGAGCCGCAGUGAAAUCGACCUCGGUGAUAUUAAACAGGAGUACCUCGCUCAGUACGGACAGACCCUAGAGAAAUGGAUUGAGGGUGACACUCUGGGCCACUACAGGCGCAUGCUGCUCGCCCUGGUUUCCUACUAGAAAUGCGAGAACGGUUUUGGUGGUAGAAGAAAAUCUUCAAUAGUCAUUUGCACUGAUUUAAUUAAAAUUUCAAUUUUGCAGAAAGUUUCUUUGUAUAUUUGCAAUAAACAAAAUUUUCCGAAAAUAAAUAGUAAUGUUAAAAAAAAUUGG